CAGCUCACAGCACUCAGGGCAUCUUCUCUCUCAGUAACGCUCCUCAUAAGCCAUACCACUCCAAAACUCCUCCAAAGCCCACGCGCCCACAGUCACUCUCUUCCUCACUCUGUUUCUCACAAGAUGGCCAAGAGCGUUCUCAUCCUCUGCGGCGAUUACAUGGAAGAUUAUGAGGUGAUGGUUCCCUUUCAAGCGUUGCUGGCCUACGGAGUCUCCGUCCACGCUGUUUGCCCUGGAAAGAAAGCCGGCGACGUCUGCCGGACUGCUGUUCAUCAGGGCCUUGGUCAUCAGACUUAUUCUGAGUCACGGGGUCACAACUUCACAGUCAAUGCAACCUUUGAUGAGGUAGACGCAAGCAAAUAUGAUGGACUUGUUAUUCCAGGAGGGCGGGCUCCAGAAUAUCUUGCAAUGAAUGAAUCUGUUUUGGACUUGGUACGCAAAUUUUUUAGCUCUGGAAAACCAAUUGCCUCUAUUUGCCAUGGGCAGUUAAUCUUGGCAGCUUCAGGCUCAGUCAGAGGACGGAAGUGUACAGCUUACCCUGCUGUGGGACCUGCACUAAUUGCUGCAGGAGCUCAUUGGGUAGAACCUGAGACCAUGUCAGCAUGUGUUAUUGAUGGUAACCUUAUUACUGCAGCAACUUACAUAGGUCAUCCUGGGUUCAUCCAGCUUUUUGUAAAAGCACUAGGAGGCACCAUAACUGGUUCAGAUAAACGGAUUCUAUUUUUGUGUGGGGAUUACAUGGAAGACUAUGAGGUUAUGGUCCCUUUUCAAUCCUUUCAAGCUCUUGAAUGCCAUGUUGAUGCGGUUUGCCCGAAGAAGAAGGCCGGUGAGACCUGUCCAACUGCUAUUCAUGAUUUUGAAGGUGAUCAAACUUACAGUGAGAAGCCAGGCCAUGAUUUCACUCUAACAGCCACUUUUGAAGAUCUAAACAUCCCAAGCUAUGAUGCUCUUGUUAUACCUGGAGGCCGAGCACCAGAAUACUUGGCAUUAAAUGAGAAAGUUAUUGCCUUAGUGAAGGAAUUCAUGGAGGCAGGAAAGCCAGUUGCAUCCAUUUGCCACGGACAACAGAUUUUAGCUGCUGCUGGAGUUCUCAAGGGAAAGAAAUGCACUGCAUAUCCUGCUGUGAAACUCAAUGUAGUCUUGUCUGGGGCAACAUGGUUAGAACCUGAGCCAAUAGAUCGCUGUUUCACAGAUGGAAAUUUGGUAACUGGAGCUGCUUGGCCAGGCCAUCCAGAGUUCAUCUCUCAGUUGAUGACGUUGCUCGGUAUCCAGGUCUUGUUCUAGUUAUUUAUCUAUGUGCUGGUCUGUAUGCCUUAAUUGUCUAUUGAAUAAAUAGAAGAUUCAGCUUACGUAUCAGAAUGAGGAAACUUUUUAAAUUUUGGUGUUGUGACUAUGCAGUCUAUAUGUUAUUUGGAUUGGGAAGAAAACUUGUGUUCAUUUCAUA